AUGAUGUCAAGUGAUGUGGUGCUCCCCGAAUUUGGAUCCCUUUCUCUCAGCGAUAACCCUACAGGUUGGGGCCCAACAGAUAUACCAGAAGAGUUUAGAAACAUGCCUUUUCAACCAUUUUCAAAGGAUACCCGCCUAGGCAGAGUUGCAGAUUGGUCAGGAAAUAUUUUUCAAGAUAUGAAAAACAAAGGUCGCUAUGUCUCCCAGUCUGUCGGUUCACAGUACGCUUACUAUCAUGACGAGGACGACAGCAAUUUCCAACUGGUUUCUUCCGUUCGUGAAACGAAAACUCCUGCUAUUCGUCAAAGAUAUAGAUUCCCUAUGCGUGGUCGCCGUGGUUUGGGUGGUCCAGGUGCAGGGUACUCUUGGGCAGGAGGCCGGUCAGGAUAUCAGAUGAUCGGAAACCAAGGUGGUGUAUUAAACCGUAAGCUACGCAGCGCAUCAGACAGAGAACGUAUGAUGUUACAACAAAAUAGACGGUGGCAACACUGGGGACCCCAAGGUGUCGGUCAGCGACGAGGGGGAACCCAAGGUUGGAGAUCCAAUGCAGGUGCUUGGGGCUCUAAUAGUGAUCGCAGACAGGCCCAUAGGGCAGUGCGUGAUGCGUCUAUUCAAAUUAAGGAUAAUUGGACAAUGUUAGAAGAGCUAGAUUUCGCUAGACUUGCAAAGUUGGCCCUACCUAAUGUAAAGGAGCCUAUUGACAAAGUUAAUUGUGGAGAAAUGGAGUAUUAUGACAAAUCAUAUGACCGUGUUAGCACGCGAAACGAACGUCCUCUUGUAAGAGUAAAUCGGGUUCUCCACACAGUUACGACUUCCAGAGACCCAGUAAUUCACCGUCUAGCUAGCGACUCCGUUGGCAAAGUAUAUUGCACAGAUACGAUUGCUGCCAUGAUUAUGUGUUGCACUCGUUCGGUGUAUCCUUGGGAUCUCAUUGUACAACGUAUACAAGACCGUUUGUUCUUUGAUAAGCGCGAAGAUGCUGAAUCUGAUUUCGUUAGUGUAUGUGAAACUGCAACAGAACCACCUAAUGAAGAACCUGGUCAUAUUAAUUCACCUCAGCGUUUGGCAUUAGAAGCUACUUUUAUAAAUACUAAUUUAUCUCAACAAAUGCUACUGAUGGGUGGUAAAACAUAUUCGUUCCCUGAAGAAAAUCCUUUCAAAGAUGAUGAAGAGGAAGAUGAGGAUAGUCCAAAUCCAUCUCAAAAUAAAAGUCACGAAGGUGGUAAAGAAGAAUUAGGUUCUGUAGGAUAUCGAUAUCGCAUAUUUGAUUUGGGAAAUGAUGUUCAAAUGGUUAUUCGUUGCGAGGUGAAUGGUGUAAUUCAACCAACUAGUGAUGAUCAGCCAGCCACUCCACAAUUCGUAUGUAUACGCGCGCUAAAUGAAUUUGAUUCACGCUAUUGCGGUGGUGUCGAUUGGCGUACUAAACUUGAUACUCAACGGGGGGCUGUUUUGGCCGCUGAGAUAAAGAAUAAUGCCUUUAAAUUAGCUGGAUGGACUGUCUGUAGUAUACUGUCAGGUGCAGAUCAACUAAAAUUAGGAUUUGUUUCUCGUGUCAACCCCCGUGACUCAUCUCGCCAUGUCAUAUUGGGCACACAACAGUUCAAACCAUCUGAGUUCGCUAAUCAGCUGAAUUUAAAUAUGGAUAAUGCUUGGGGUAUACUGCGAUGUGUCGUUGAUUUCUUCAUGAAAAUGCCUGAAGGCAAAUAUCUAAUGUUGAAGGAUCCUAAUAAGCCUGUACUUCGCAUAUACUCUGUACCACAAGAUGCUUCCGAUUCAGAUGAAUGUGAAGAUGGUAUAAGUGAAGAAGAAGCAGUUAUUGUUGAACAACAAAACUCUGAACCAAGUAAGAUGGAAGUAAAUAACAUGUCAGGACAUAAUCAAAACGGUAUAGACGGUCAGUAA